AUGACUUUGCAAUGGAAACGUCAUCGUAAUACUGAAACUAUAGACGACGAUAUUAGCGUCGAACUAGCAGUUCUUCGACAACAUUGGAAGCAAAUUCUACAGAUUUUUCAAAAAGCAUUAGUCGAUCAAGAUGAUAUCAGUUGUGUCUUGUCACAUUUUCAACAUGCAGUCACAUUACUUACCGAUGAAGUGGCUAGUCAAGAUCAACCAGGCCCAAUUCUUCUCUAUUUUGUAAAUGAAGCUAUACUCGACACAUUCUUCGUUUGGUCACUCAGUUGUCCAGAAUAUGCCACUGAUCUCAAAUAUCAUCAGUUGCGCUGCUUCGAAUUUCUUCUCAGUCGAACUCAACAAGAACUUCUCUUCCAUAAGCAAAUUUUCAAACCAUUGCUCAAUCUCCUUCGAUCAUGUGAAUCUUCAUCAGCAAUAGAACUCAUUGAGAAACACAUGAUUGUUGUGCUCAAUCAAGUAUGUGUCAGUAUAACAAAAACUCCCGAACUAUUGGAAUUUUGCUUCGACAUCAGUGCUGAACAUGGUCCAUCUCGUUUUAUUAUUUUCUCUCUUCUAAUCCCAUUUGUUCAUCGUGAUGGACUUGCCGGUCAACAAGCGCGUGAUGCUCUAUUACUCAUUAUGCAAUUAUCAAAUCGCAAUGCACAAAUAGCACGACAUAUUGUAGAAAACACAAACUUUUGUCCUAUCUUAGCUACUGGUCUGAGUGCAUUGUAUUCCGAUUUGCCGCAUCAUUUAGCAACCAACAAUGAUGAGUGGUUUAUUUUAACGAAAAAAGAAUGGUCGGAAUGUCCUGCUCUCGUUCAGUUCAUGAAUUCACUCCAAUUUUCGAACGAUGUUAUCCAGAUUGCUCAUCCAACCAUUGGUCAUCAUUUAUUGCAAUAUAUCUACCAUGGAUUUCUCGUGCCAGUUCUCGGGCCAAGUAUUCAUCAAGAUCUUCACGAAAUGCCAUUGAAAUUUUCUGAUUUACAACACUUUUCGAAUACCAUGGAUGAAGUUAUUGCCGCAACAGCUUAUUUGGAUCUGUUUUUACGAACAAUUCAUGAGCCAGCUUUGUUGAAAGUCUUCUUAAAAUUUAUUCUUUGUGCGAGAAUCGACGAAAUGAGUUUACUGGAUACGUUGAUACAACGAAUUAACUUCAGUACAAAACUUGGACUGGUGUCGUUGGGUUUAUUUUAUACGUUAAUUAAUCUCAAUUGUGAAGAUAUUAUGUAUCGUCUCAUAUUUAUGUAUCUCAUUCCUUGUCGACAUGUCAUGUGUAGCCAACGACGCCAUAUAACCGAUGUCGAAAUCUAUGGGAAAAAUGCGGAAAGAUUUCUUUCACUAAGACCUUCGUUUUCUAAAGAUAGCAAUGAAAAUUCACAAUCAAAACAAGUUCGAGUCAGUUUCAAUGAAAAUGGAGAUUCUUCCAAUGCUACGGAAAGAUAUGAAUAUACAUUAGGUGCUUAUCUUGAGGACGCACAUUUCAGUAUAGUCCGAUGUCGUGUUGCAUGUCGUUGCUGGACAGCACCAUAUGAUGGUGAAAAUCCAUCACCCGAUACCGUUAUUCCUGAUGCUGAUCUCAUUUCAUUAGCAAGCAGUCUUUCAUCUUUGAAUAUGGAUACGAACAAUUGCAAAAAAUCGGACUUCAUUUUGAAUAAUGUUGCCAAUCCGAAACAAUCAACGAAAAAUGUCACUGCAUCGAAUGAUUCUGGCAUACAUGAAGAUGGUCUUGAUACGAAUUCACAAACUGAAAUCACACCAGCAAUAACAAAAUCGAUCGGAGAUGAUUUUCAACUACCAGCUUGGUUAGCUAAUGGUGAGCCGAUUCCUGAUGAGCUUCUUGCCAAACGUUCAUUGAACACUCAAUCAACCUAUCGACAUAUCAAUGAUGACGAAGACGACAAUGAUGAUGAUAUUGAUCCAUACCAGCCAUCAUCAUUCUAUGGAUUUUCAUUUAUUGAUUUACCAGGAUCGGAAGAUACGUGGUCGAUACGUUCAUCGAAUGCGCCAUCGAUCGCGAAUGGUGUAAUACGCGAUGAGAUUAAAACAUGUGUCGAAACAUUGAAUUCAUGUUUAAGCCAAUUUCGUGAAAUGAAUGAACAGAUGCAUAAUCACGUCAUCGAAGAAGAAGUUGAUGAAAAUGUACGGAUAUUACUGAAUGAAAUGAUCGAUAAGAUUGACAAUUUCGUGGAAAACGAUGGAAUUCCCAAUACUGAUGAUUUAUCAACAAUGAACUCUGUUCUGUUAGAUUACAAUAUAAUAAAUGAACUAUUUUCGAAGAAGUUAACAUUGAACGAAUAUUUAUCUCUGUUGGAUCGUCUUAUUGAUAACAACGUAUUGAAGCUUUCAUCGAAAUCAGGUGAAGAACUAACAAAUGAAAUUGUUCAUCUUGCCAAUGAGAUCGAUCACUAUCGAACAAAGAUUUCCACCGAGAGCAGCAAUGAAAUGGAACAAAGUUUAUUAGGAAUUAAUCUCGAUAAUCAAUAUCAUCAACAACUACUAAGCAAUACGCAAUCAAACUAUUCAGUUAUUUCAUUUCUACAGCAAUCGACAUCAAUGGACAUGUCACUUUUAGCAACGAAUGAAUAUUCAAGUCAAAUUCAAUCAACUUUAUUCACAUCAACUGUUCAACAACAACAGACGUCUACAGGACCAUCGGCGAAGAUGGCUGAUGUCGGUCCAUUUCUACGCACAAUCUUCUCGAAAUUGGAAAAUAUGUUACAAAAUUCUUUACAUGUUAAUCUUUUAUUAACUGGUAUUAUUGCACGAUUAGCUCAUUAUUCUCAACCAUUACUACGCUCAUUAUUACUUAACCAUAGUCUUGUUCUCGAAACAAAUGUUAAGUCACUUUUCCAAAUACUCUCAAAUCUCAAAUCGAAACUCGAAACAAUCUCUCAAACAUUCAAUGAUUUCAACCAUCUCGUUGAACUAGCGCAUGAUACCCUAUAUCAUCGAGAAAAUACUGCCAAAGAAUUCGACGAAAUGCAACGACGAGUGCGUUCGCCAUCUCGGACCCGAUCGAAAUCGAUUGAUCCUGACAAAGAACGUUCAUCAAAACGAAGUCGAAUACUGGAUUUCUUUCGCAGUCGUGGCCGACCGUCGGAACGAAGCGAUUCGAAUUUCAAUGGUCGGGACCAAUCCCAUCUAUCAUUCAUUGAUAAAACGUCUAUGAAAUUUAUUAAUAUUCGUGAGCAUAAUCAACAAAUUCCAAUAAAUGAAUGGGACGAUCCAAAAACUCGUAACAUUGCGUAUUGUGCGGUUAUCUUCAAAGAAUUUCUCAAAGAACUUGCUGCAAUUACAUUGGAACACAGCGUGCAACAAUUCGAUGAUGAUCAAAUCUUUGAUGACGUCUCGCCGAUCUCUCUCAUGCUCUAA